CCAAGAUGAGAUUGAGUCCCUGAUUUUUUCGGGGGAUCUCCCUAGUACUGCUGCCCUUUACAGAAGACAAUGGAUUUGGCAAGAACCCAGAUGUAGGGAUGAAAAGGAACACCGCAAUGUGCCUAUGGAAACCUGUACCACAGAGCAAGCCUUUUCCAUGCGAUCGGUUCAAACAUGCCUGCAGCAUCUGCAGAGGGUUUGUUUAUCUUUACGGGGGUCGGUGCAACAGCAGCCUAAGUGACUUCUGGCGGUACAAUAUAGCAAGCAACAAAUGGGAAAAACUGGAUUGUUCAGAAGAUGGCCCAGAAGAACUGGAAGAACAUUCAAUGGUGGCUUAUCAGGGCAUCCUCUAUAUUUUCGGUGGGAUGUUGGAUUCUGCUUUUACACAGGCGAAGAUCCCUCUCUGGAUGUAUGACAUUGAUUCAGCGAGAUGGACUGAGUGCAGGCACACAGCAGUGGAGAUUGAGAGCACUGCUCCAGCUAACAGAAAGGGCCACAGCGCAGUAGUGUACAAUUCCAGCAUGUACAUCUAUGGGGGAUACUUCGACAUCAAAGGGAUUUCACAAGAGUUUUGGGCUUUACGUUUUGAUACAGGAGAGUGGUCACAGGUAUCUCCAUUGUCUUGUGACGCUGGUCCAGGACCCCGGCAUGGUCACUCAGCUGUGGUUUACGGCACGGGCAUGUACCUGUUCGGAGGACUGAUGGGGCUGAGUGAACAGAGGGACCUAUGGAAGUGGGACUUUACAAGCUGCAAGUGGUCCACUAUCAGAACAAGCCAACGUCCUCCAAAAGUGGUGGGACACUCUUCUGUGGUCUUUCAAGACUCCAUGCUGACUUUUGGCGGAGGGAUUUCAAACUCUAGGCCUAACAACAGCCUGUGGAAGUACCAUUUCAGUUCCCAGAUAUGGGAAAAACUGGCUAGUACAACAGAGUGUUGGUUCAUGAAGAUUAUUUGGCAAGCUGUGUAUGUGUUCAAAAAGAAAGUGAGGAGAGCCCAGAGAGGGAGAAGAGAGAGAGCUUGCUGCAGAGGAAGACUUGGAAAUUGUUAAUAAAGAAUCUGCCUGUUUAUUUCUACUGUGUUCAGGGAAACAGGACUUUGUGUUCAGUCUCUGUAAUGAAACAAGAUUGCACCAAAAAAUAUUCCUGACUCAUAUUACCAAUUUAUCCUUCUAACUGAAACAAACCUCCAAGGUCCUGAAUAUUGGCUAAUUGUCUGGGCCAAGUGGGCAGCAGUAUUAUGCUAUUUAAAUGGAAGAUUUUGGGGUUUUGGAAAUAGAGACAGACCAGCAUACAGCAGCCAUAAAAUGAGCAAAUGAGGUCUUGAGUUGUAUUAACACAGGGACUGACGAUAACACCAAAGGAGUUAUACUGUUAGGCCCUGGUGAUACUUAGACCCUCGUUGAAUACUUUGUGAUGCACUGAUCACCAUCCUGCAGGAAGUAUAUGUGGCCCUGGGGAAGGUAUAACAUAGUGCUGCAAGAUAGAUCCUAGGACCAAGGACAUGAUAAAAGGCUUGGACAUUUUCUUACUGGAAAAAGAGAGAGCUUUUAAGUGAGCUUUUUGGUUCAACAAAACUGACUGAGAAACUGUUCAUGCUGACAGAGCUCAAAAAUUGGGGCCAGAGUCAAGGGGAAAUGCCACUUCCUUUUUAAUUUCUGCUUUAAUCCUUCAGCUCUGUCAUUUUUAAAAAACUGUUUUCACAUACCUUAAAAUAGCAAAGUGCAUAUCACACAUUUCCCUUCUACAGCGAGUGCAAAGAAAAGAAAAAAAGCAUCUCCAUAGAACUCAGUAGUGGCUCUCCUGCAAAUGCUGGGAAAAGUUGAAAGGUAAAAGUGCUGAA